ACGUGGCCUCGUGCUCAAACCUUCAUUGCCCUGAACCUAAUCCAGUCAUCAGAUGCUAUUUUCAAGUGCCAAAUGACCUAUCGCGGAGAGGACAUACUGACAAUCGGCGUGUCGAUUCCAGCAUCGUACCCCGAUGAGCCCUCGCUGAUUAUUCUGGCCAAUGGUGCUGAGGCCUUUCCUGCUGGUGACGUGACCUCGAUUCAUGCUCAGGAGCUGGAGAUGGAGGUAAAUUGCUUCUGGCGGGAGCUGCCUCGUGAAGACGGCCAGACUGCGGCCAGCGACGAGGAGGGCGACAGCGAGAAAGGGAGGACGUUUGAGGAGGUGUUCGCCAAAGGCGUCGGCAUCCAGCCCGAAAACCUGCUCACCUGCCAGCUCGCACGCAUUGCCUCCUGUCUGCCAAUCUUUUUGGACAGCGGCGACAACACUGAUGGCCAAAUCAAGAAGUUUUGUCCACAAGCCGGCCGCUUUAUUGUGGCACAAAGAGGUGGCUCGUGUAGUGACCCUCGUCUUGGUCUCCUGGACCACCAGACCGCUGGUUUGAGAAAGCACCCAAAGAUGGAAGCGUGUUCCCGCCCAUCCGCGGCCCCAAUGUGA